AUGGAAUACGUCUCCUUGGAAGGCUUGCGAAACGACGGCCGCCGUCCGAACGAGUGCAGACACACGUCCUGCGCGUUCGAAAAUCCAAUAUCCGCGAACUCGUGCUCUGGGUCCGCGGAGUUUACGUUCGGGCAAACGACUGCCGUGGCGGCGGUUUUUGGUCCACAUUCUUCCCUGAGUACGAGUACGAUCGAUUCUCUGUCGAUAGAGCGGUUGAAAGUGACCGUGGAAAUUACCAGCGCGGCGUUUGGAAUGGAUGCGAUCCCAAAGAAGCGAGCGACGAACGCGGCGACUCUGAUGAAGUCCUCCAAGUCCUCUCGGAAAAACAAAGAAUUAGCGGUGAAGUUUGAGCAGAUUUUAAGGUGUUGCAUAGACGCGAAGCGGUAUCCUCGAUCGGAGGUGUACGUCUCGGCAGCGACGAUAAACGACGACGGCUCGGCAUCGGCGGCGUUGUUCAAUGGCAUAGUAUUGGCGUUAGUGGAUGCAGGAAUUCCAAUGUUGGAUGUGUUCGUGGCGGUGUGCGCGACGAGGUUGGACGGCGAAACGUUGUUGGACCAAAACGAAGUCGAGGAGAGAGGGCGAGGGGUGGAAUGUUUCGUCGUCGCGGAAACGAAAGAGAGAAGGAAAACGGACGGAUUGCAGAAAGGAAACAUCGGGUUCAAUUCGAAGAUGAACGACGACUACGGCGACGACGACGUGAAACGAAUCGUUUCCUACGACAUCAGCGGCGGCAAGUUGGCGCCCGCAGCCGUCGACGACCUGCUUCGCGCGUGCGCGAAAGGCUGCGACGAGGUCUCGCGCGUCGUGCGCAAAGCGAUGAAAAAACGGCUCAGAAAGCUCGCGAGCACGACCAGGAACCUCGCGUGA